AUGUCAACAGUUCCAAUAAAUGAUGCGAAAACUGAAACGGCGGCGUCUUCAGGAGUCCGGCGUCGGUUUGGAGAUCUUAGAGGGGUACAAUGGCGCAUAGAUUUGGGGAUUUUACCGUCCAGCCCUUCUGCAUCAGUCGAUGAUCUUCGUCGGGUUACUGCCAAUUCUAGGAGGAGGUAUGCUUCUUUGAGGAGACAGCUUCUAGUUGAUCCAAAUGUGCCGAAAGAUGGAAUGAAUUCUCUUGAUCUUGUCAUUGACAAUCCAUUGUCCCAAAAUCCAGAUAGCAUGUGGGGUCGAUUCUUCAGAAAUGCUGAACUGGAGAGAAUGGUUGAUCAAGACUUAACGCGCUUGUACCCUGAAAGAGGUGGUUAUUUCCAGGCAAGCGAUUGCCAGGCCAUACUGAGACGAGUUUUACUGCUUUGGUGCCUUCGACAUCCAGAACAUGGCUACAGACAAGGCAUGCAUGAGCUCCUGGCUCCCUUGCUGUACGUCCUCCAUGUGGACGCCGAGCGCCUCUCGGAAAUCCGCAAAAUCCACGAAAACCACUUCCCAGACAAAUUCGACUCCUUCGACGAGACCAACUUCUCCUACACAAAUGGUACACCAAAUGGAAGCCCGGUCAGGACCCGCACGCCCGAUGAGCUCGAUCCCAUCACCCAAUUUCUCAUCGAGCUGAGCGAUGCAUACGGUGCUGAGGGCGAACUUGGCAUUGUCACGUCCAAAAAGUUCCUCGAACACGAUGCUUAUGCCAUGUUCGACUCCCUCCUCGGCAAUGCCCUCUCCAUGUCAAACUUCUUUUCCCACUCCCCCUCCGGGCCCCACUCGGGCUCACCCCCUGUGAUUGAGGCCUCUGCAGCCCUCUACCACCUGCUCUCAAUCGCUGACCCAUCUCUCCAUGCCCAUCUAGUCGAGCUUGGGGUCGAGCCACAGUACUUUUCCAUCCGCUGGCUGCGCGUGCUCUUUGGUCGCGAGUUCUCCUUGGAGGACCUUUUGUCCGUGUGGGACGAGAUUUUCGCCAGGGAGAAUGUAAAAUUGGGUGGCGCCAUGAACUUUGAGAUUCUCGAGUCGGCUAGGGGGGCUUUUGUGUGCGCGUUCGGGGUCUCGAUGAUACUCCACCUCAGGUCCUCGCUGCUGGCCACCGAGAACGCGACUGCCUGCCUGCAGAGGCUGCUCAACUUCCCAGACGAUGUCGGGAUCGAGAAGCUUCUGGAGAAAGCGGUGUCACUGCACGAACUGGUACUGAGGUCGAACUAUUCGGCCUCAGCGAACAGGGGCCAUAGCCACUCCCUGGACUCGACCUCUCCCAGAACACCCCUGAGCAUGGUGGCCGAUAGCUACUGGGAAGAAAGGUGGAGGGUUCUGCAUGAGGACAAAAAGGAGGAAGAAUGUCAAAAGGAGAAGGGAGAGGAAGUUCCUUACCGUAAAAAGGGUUGGUCAGAGAGAGUGAGGCUCCGCCUCUCGAGGACAGAGUCCGACCCAACCCCGUCGAAGAAAAACGAGCAGAACAAAAUUUCUAGGCCGUCUGUUAGGAGAAGUUUGUUGAAGGAUCUUGCGCGGCAGCUCGGUUCGAAUGAGGAUGAGAAUAAGGAUGCUAUAGGUUGCGAUCAGGAUAAUAACGAGGAUCCUGAGGAGUCGAUUGAGGUUAGUGGUGUUGAAGAUGUAAUUGCGGACAAGAAUAAUUACAAUGCAUCGAUUGAAGAGAACUCUUCCAGUAUCUCGGAUCCGGUGGGACCAAUGACUGGAAGCAGUGACAACGAAAAUGAGAGCGGGAGGAGUAGUGUCGGGUCAAACUCAUCUUUGGAUGAAAAUGAUUCUGUGUCAUGCGUGACCAAUUCGGAAUGUUCUCCUCCGCUUCCCGUCUCAGACCCGCCAGAAGGAUUGUCUUCUCAAGUUAUGGAAAAUGACGAGUCUUUGGAGAGGGUGGGGACGGGUACUUUAAAGGAUAGGAAAGUACUGUCAGGUAAGUUUCAAUGGCUGUGGAAGUUUGGGAGGAAUGGUGGAGAGGGAACAUCCGAGAGAAAAAGUGGCUCUGUGGAUGGGAAAGGUUUCAAUGGAGAAGGUGAUGAGAAGAAUGUGGCUGUAUUGUUAAAUGACGAUGGGUGUGAGCGUUCUGGUGGGACGAGCAAGAGUGAGACGGUAGAUCAGAAUUUGAUGGUUAGCUUGAAGAAUCUUGGCCAGUCCAUGCUUGAGAACAUUCAGGUGAUAGAGUCUGUGUUCCAGCAUGAUAAUCGGAGUCAAACAGGGUCCUUAGAGAACUUGUCAAAGAACGGUCUUGUCGGCAAAGGACAAGUCACAGCCAUGGCCGCACUCAAGGAGCUCCGGAAGAUCAGCAACCUUUUAUCUGAGAUGUGA